UUUGAAAGCCAUAAAAUUUAUGUGGUUAGAUAGUUAACUGUUGAUGCCAUGCUAUCUUUCUUAUCAUUUUCUGGCCCCAUGAUUUUUUUGAAGGUUAUAGCUGCAACGGUGGCAAGCGAUUCAACAAAGUAUUCUGAGGCUUUUCUUGGGAAGCCAAAUGAAGAGUAUUGUGCUUGGAUUCUUGACUCAGAGAAGUGGGGAGGAAGAUAUCCGCAUGAUAAGUGUCUAUCACUUUGAUGGCCAUUUCUUAGUUGUUAAUUCUCUAAAAAGCUACCUGUAGGUUUAGUUCAGGUUACUUUUUGAGAUAUGUUCUGCUGACUUUACCAUUUAACAUUUUAUUAUGAAGGUGCCAUUGAACUUUCCAUAUUAGCAGACUAUUAUGGGCGUGAAAUUGCAGCAUAUGAUAUUCAGACAACACGAUGUGAUUUGUAUGGUCAGGAAAAGAAUUAUUCUGAAAGGGUUAUGUUGAUCUAUGACGGGCUUCACUAUGAUGCUUUAGCUAUAACUCCAUUUGAGGGAGCUUCAGAAGAGUUUGAUCAAACCAUAUUUGCCAUACAGAAUGGCAGAACCAUUGGGCCAGUUGAAGGGCUUGCACUUAAUCUUGUUAAGGACCAACAAAGGAAGAGGAGCUACACUGACACCGGCAACUUCACUUUGCGUUGUGGGGUGUGUCAAAUUGGAGUAGUUGGCCAGACGCAGGCUGUGGAGCAUGCACAAGCAACUGGCCAUAUCAACUUUCAGGAAUAUAGAUGAUCAGAACUGGUUAAGUGGAAAACGAUUAACAGAAAACAGAUUGCUUUCAUUUCAGCAACUUCUUAAGAAACUUAUUUAUUUCAUUGGAUUUCAUUUGUCAAUGUUGAACUGUUGUUGUAUAAUGUGUUUUCAGCCUUAUCUCACUGGUUUUCAUUUAUCAGUGUUGAACUGCUGUUGAAUAACGUAUGUUCUCCCAAAUGGAAAUGCAAUUGGAAACAUUACAGUGAUGUUGGUUUUUUAGUUAUACCACUAAUGUAACAAUUAGGAACCCUUCUGUGAAUUUGCACAUUUCAUGGAAAGUGUCCUCCCUCUAUGCUAAUUUGUGU